GAGGAGUCACAGCAACUCCUCAGGUGACCGGCCACGGUGACCUGCUAAAGUCGCCCAGGCGUCUGAGAACAGAAGUCCAGCGAAACGCAGAGCGGAGGGAGGCGAUGGCGGGGCGGGGAGCCUCCUUUCGGAGAGGAGGAGCCAAGUGAGGGGCAGAGGAGAGGGAAGGAGGGGGUCCUCCAAUUCCCUCUCUGCUUGGCUCGCUUGCCGGGGGCGCCCACACAAUCUCACUUCACUAUAUCAGGGGAGGCCCGGGCCUGCUCUCGCUUUCCGACUUUAUUCCCUCCUCACAUCGCGGCCCCUUUGGUUCUGGCGCCUGGCAAUUCUUCUUCCUUCUCUGUCCUGUCUCGCUCCUGCCUUCUCUCCUGCUCUCGCUAAGUCGCUCGUCUUUUCCCUCGCACCUCUCUUCGUUCCAUUGUCGCGCAAUCGUCCACAACAUGCGGCCGCUUUGCUGUGCCAGGAUUUUGGUGUUCAGUCUCGCUCGCCCACUUUGACCCGCAUUUGCCUGAGCUUUCUCAUCAAUUCGCCAAGGCUGGAGUCGAGCGGCUCGAGGUGCUGGCCUGGGUUCCGGUUUUUUGUGGUGCUCUUGUAGUUUCUUGUCAUCUUUGUGUUCGUUAUCGCUCUGGAGGAGGUCGCGCCGUUCUUUAGAAUUGGACGCUCCCGUGGCCAUCAUGUGUGGUGAACUUCACAGUACGGAGGAACCCGAGGUCAUGUCUGGAAGCAUAGAGUUCGAGACGCAGGUUCUAUAGCGUUUGCAGGUGGGCAUAGCGCGGAUGUUGACACUUCUUGCGCCACGAUAUUUCUGCAAUUUUAGGUUUCUGCCACCGAGUUUUGAUUGUAAAUUUCCGAACUGGAGAUCACACGGGCAGCUGUUGUAACGAAGACAAGGCCCGAUAAUGCGCCGCUACAGGGCCGGAGUAGCAUGGGAAGCACUGAAGAACCUGAGAGGAAGAGGCGCCAUCUUAAUGAUCAUACCGUUUCUCCCCCUCUCAAGAAACAACCCAUGGCUCCGUCUUCAGAGGACAAAAAGGUUGACGCAGCAGUGUUGCAGUACCAAAAUCAUAAAUUGGCGCAGCAACUGGAUGUCCACCGAACUGAAAUUCAUGCUUUGCAGGGCAAGUUUAAUCAGCUCAAAUCUAAGCAGGCCUCAUAUGAUGACACAUUGAUCACGGUGAACCGUGUUUGGAAGGAGUUGGUGGAUGAGUUGGAGUUAAUCGCCAGUGGUGUCCAUGCGGCUGUCAAUGGGUUGCGACCGUUGGAGCCUCUUUCCUCAGCAAAAGAAAGAGUUUCAACGCAUCCCCCGGAGAAGACUUUUCUUCAACGAUUAUUGGAAACUGGUGCGACAGAAAGCAGCACUUCUGCUGGCGAUAGCAAUUUUGUGGAGGUGUCGCUUGCCUCCAGAAGGGCGUCCACAGUGAAGACUCUGACGUACCUUGUUCAAGCAAUCGAUGUCCAGCGUGCCAGGGCAGAAGAGCUUGCUAGCUCAUUACGAGAUAGAAUCGCUGAUGAUGAAGCUGGACGGCUGCUGAAGAAAGAAGAUUUGGACCUCCGAGCUGAGAGGGCAGCACUUCGAAGAGAUAUGGAGGAGCUAAUUUUGAAAUACAAGAAAGUUGCGGAUGAGCUUCGAGCACGUGAAGAUACUCAUGCCAAAGAUCAAUCUGAAAUCGCCAGACUAACCAGUGAACUUGAAGAAUACACUGCUGAACUUGAGACAAAUAGACGAAAGCUGGCAGCUUUACGAACACAGAAAGAAUCCGUAGCAGGCACGACUACUCCAAGUCCACAUACAACAUCAAAAACUGAGCAUGGAGAAAAGAUUGGAGCGGAGAAGGUGAAUAAGGAGACGAAAGAAUUGGAAGCUUCACUCGAAGAGGCUAAGACUUUAGCUGCCAGGAGGCUAACUGAACUUCAAGAAGCACUCCAAACGCAGAUGAAUCUUUCUCAAAAGCUCCAUCAUAUGCAGGAUCUUUUGGGUGAGGAGCAAAGGGUUCUUACGUCUCGACCCUAUCUCCUACUCAGUGAUCAAAUUCAAGCCGCCAAAAGUGAAGUGGAGAAGUAUCGUACCAUGUCUGACCAACUACAGGUCGAGCGUGAUACAGUGAUCAAGAGGGAAAGGGAGUUGAUGUUUAAACUGGAGGCUGGCGAAGCUGCGCGAAGGGCUAGCAUACUUGCUGACAGUCGAAUUGCAGAACUUGAAACACAACUUCAGCAAUGCAUGGCAGAGAAGGAAAGCUUACAAUUCAGAUUAGACGACAGUGCCCAUUCUCAAGGAAGAAAUGAGUCCGUGGGGGAGUUCAAAGCCAUGGUCACAUGCCUUCAUAAAGAAAUGGGGAUGAUGCAACUUCAGCUGGACAAGUAUAAGGAAGCUGCGCACGAAGUACAUUCUCUUCGAGCUAAAGUACACUCACUUGCUGACAUUUGUGAUCGGAAGACAGCUGAGUAUCAGUCUUUAUCCGAUUUGUACGCUGGACGUCUUGCAGAACUUACUGCAUUAAAGGAAGAGGUUGCCAACCUACAAGAAACAGAGCAAGAGCUGAAGCUUAUCUUGGAAAUGUACGGAAGGGAGUCGAGUGAUCCCAGGGAUGUGAUGGAGUUGCAACAAGCGGAAUGCAGAGCGUGGGCCCAAGUUGAACGCUUAAAGGCAGCUUUAGAUGAGCACAGUCUAGAACUUCGCGUUAAGGCUGCCAAUGAAGCCGAGGCUGCUUGUCAGCAAAGGUUGACCGCGGCAGAAGCAGAUAUUGCAGAAUUGCGACAGCAGUUAGAUGAUUCCGAGAGAGUUGCAAUGGAGUUAAGAGAGUCUUUGAAGGCAAAGAACGAGGAAGGAGAUGCCUAUAUCUCAGAGAUUGAGACAAUUGGCCAAGCUUAUGAAGAUAUGCAAACACAAAAUCAAAGACUCCUUCAGCAGUUAACGGAGAGGGAUGACUACAAUGUCCAGCUUGUCGCUGAGGGUCUGAAAACCAAGCAAGCUCUCGCUAAUUUGCAAUCAGAGAGGAUUCUAUUGAUGAGGCGGAUCGAACAAAAUCAUGUUUCAGCUGAUACUCAAAAGCAGCGGCUCGCUCGUCAAGAAGAACAGGCAAGAUCUUACUUGGAACAACUUGCUAAGGCCACCGACGAAAGCAGGGGUUAUAUGUCAGCGUUGGAAAACGCGAAACGUAAAACAGCUGAAGUGGAGAGAGAAAUGACAUCUACCAAAGCAGCCCUAGAAGCGGCUCAGAAGACAGUCGAAGAGAGAGGGCACAAGAUAGUCGAGGUUCAAGGGGAGUUGGAAAAGGAAAGGUUUGAAAAACGGAGGUUACAGGAAGAGGUCGAUGGCCUCAAUACGAAAGUUGCUCGUCUUGCAUCUCAUCAUGAUGGAAAUCCAUUAAUAGAGAGAUUACAGGAAGAACUCAAGGAAUACCGAGCGAUUCUCAAAUGUAGUGUAUGUCAUGACCGAGCUAAAGAGGUAGUUAUCACAAAGUGCUAUCAUCUAUUUUGUGGCCCUUGCAUUCAACGAAACUUGGAGCUCAGGCAUCGAAAGUGCCCUGGCUGUGGAGUACCGUUUGGACAGAAUGACGUACGAACUGUCUACAUUUGAAGAGGGGAACGUACCUUCCACAUGUUUGCCCAUGAUCAAGGCGAGCUUAUUGCAGGAAGUGCAGACACAAAUCACAAUUCUUUUCGUUCUAAUGUGAUACUGGGCUCUUUUUAGUCAAAGUGAAUUAUGUAUUGUCAGCUCAAACUUGCAUUGGAAACGACAUCCAUGGAUUUGGAUGUGGGCUGGGAGCUCUUUGAGUGGGGUGUAAUAGUUAGAAGGUCAGAGUAAUCUCCAUUCGAAAAGCUUGUAAAUUUUUCAACCUAA